UGCUGGUAAUAGUAGUUUGCUUUUGUACGAAACAGGGCUGGUUUUGGUGCUUAAGUUUAUUACUUUUGAUUGUACGGAAAUAUGUGGUGAUAAUUUUAAGAAAGAUUUGGUUUACAAGUGUAACAUAAGUUUAAGAUAAUUGACUAUUUUAAAAAUGGCGGUGGAAGUUAGGAACGGUUCGAAAUCGUACUCCGGGGGUAAAUUUAUUCUCAGAAAUUUCAACAUGAAGGUCGGCCGAGGAGAAAUUUAUGGACUCCUUGGAGCGAGUGGGUGCGGAAAGACGACUCUCAUGUCGUGCAUCGUCGGCCUUCGUCACCUGGACGGUGGUGACCUGAUGGUGUUCGGUCGAUCCAGGAAUGGUCACCUAGGUCACUUGUGUGGAUACAUGUCACAGGAUAUUUCACUCCUCAAUGUUCUCACGAUUGGGGAAGUGCUGCAUCAUUUUGGCCUGAUUUAUGGCAUGGCGGAUGUCGCGAUACAAAAUAAGGUCAAAUUCCUCACCAACUUUCUUGACUUGCCGGACACAUCGAGACAAAUUCAGCAUUUGAGGUAGAAAAAAACGCUUAUCGAUCGAGAAAUUUAAAGACAACAUUUCAGCGGGGGUCAGAAACGGCGGGUAUCGUUGGGCGUCGUUAUGAUCCACAAUCCGAACCUGCUUGUCCUCGACGAGCCUACCGUAGGGCUGGAUCCCUUAUUAAGGCAAAGAAUAUGGCAACACCUAUUCGAAAUAUCCCGCAGCGGGACAACCAUUAUAAUAUCGACACAUUACGUGGAAGAGUCUAAACGCUGCGAUAAGGUGGGUUUAUGGAAAUAAUUAAUUUUCAAACAGGUUGGUUUCAUGCGGGGCGGGAAACUUUUAGCCGAGGAUGCCCCCGCCUCCCUACUUUCCCGGUAUAACUCACCCACUUUGGAAGAUGUCUCCCUCCACUUGGCUCGUCUGGACGACGAAAACCCCCAAAACUACGCCCCACCUGACAUUGUAAGCACGAAGUGGCUCCAUUUCACGCUAGGUGACGAAGAAUCUGGCGUCGUGAAGGCGAAAUUGUAUCGUAAAUUGUCCAUAAGCCUGCAUGAUAAUGUGAUGGUUAACUCGCCUGUCAAUGUGGAACCGAACCACGCCUCCAUCAUUUAUGCGCUUGCGCUGAAAGCAUGGCGGAGGCGGAAGAGAGACUGGAGAUUCCUAUUUUCCGAGCUUAUCCUGCCAAUAAUUCUCUUAUUCGUGUUUCAAAACGUGAUCGGCCGGGAGCCCAGAGACAUUCCAGUCUCGUUAGUCACGGGGAAUCCGAACGUCACAAAUAACGCGGAGCUGCUAGAAUUUUGUGGACAAAGGGUUACUCCGAAAUGUUUUGAAAAUUUGGGAAUUUGCGAUUUUAUCAGAACCUUUGAACCACACGAGUUUGAUUGGGUCACUGCAAAUUCGUUCGAAAGCGGGUUACAAGACAUCCACGAUGGAAACACCUUUGCCGUUCUGUCUUUUCCACCGAACUACGCGUUUCACAUGAGGAACAGAAUACUCGAAAGAAAUUUUGCGGGCAACGAGACCAUUUCAGGAACCACGAUUUCUAUCCGGAUGGAUGAGUCAAAUUUCAUAAAAACAUCCUGGAUGAAGCAUCUUAUUGCGACGAAAUAUCUCCGAUAUCUGGGCCAGAUCGGGACCGCGUGUGGUGGAGAUGACGAGAAUGACAUGAUUAAACCUCCAGUCAAGGGACGCGUUGACAUACCCACAGCCCCAGGGAGGAUCCCAACCUAUUACCUGGCGUCGUGGGUAUGUCAACAACUUACAUGUCAGUAUACCGCCAUCUAUGGAGGAGUUGGGAUUGAGAGUAUCAUAAAAUUCUCGCAACCCGCGCUCCUAAUUUACAUAAUGAUCUUCUUAUCACAAAUAUCCGGACUGGAGUGGAUUCUGGACCGUAUGGAAGGUUUAGAAGAUCGCGACUAUGCGGCCGGGGUGACGCUACGACACCGCAUCUGCGCCUCCGUUGUGACCGACUCGAUCAAGAUUGUCCUUCAGAUGACCGUUUUCAUCGCUUUGUUGACCAUCGUGUACGAAAUGGAGGUCCAUGGGGCGUGGCCACUCGCGUUGGGAAUCGUCUUCAUGGCGGCAUUUGAAGGAGUUGCGAUUGGGUGGAUGAUUGGAACGUUGCGAGAUUCAGUAAUGGAAGCAAUUGUUAUCAUAAUGUUUAUCUGCGUUUUUCAAGCUGCAGCGACAGGAGUAUUCUUCUCUUUAGAAGUUAUAGUGGACUAUUAUCGCAACUAUUUUUGCAACUGGUUGCCCUCCACGUAUCCGAACGAGGCUUUCAGAUCGAUAGUUUCGCGAGGAUGGGGCCUUGACAACCUUCACGUGACGAAGGGAUUCAUCGCCGCGGCUGGUUGGACUUUGUUCUCUAUUUUUGUCGUAGUUUUAGUUGAACGAAGAAAACGGAAAUAAAUAAAUUAUUCGAAUUUUA